AUGAAGCAAAUAAUCUUGAACUUACUGUGUAUUGGAAUUUGUCUAUCCAUUAAUCAUUCAAAUGUGUAAGAAACUUUAAAUGCAGAAAUGAAUAAUGAACACAUAAAUGAACAUGAUUUUAUUGAUAUUUCAUAAUUGGAUGUUUGA